CUGAGCGCCUGCGCGCUAAGUUGCCAGUGUCCAUCCAGUGUCCGUCCAGUGUCCAGCGUGUACCAUCCCCUUUGCUUCAAAAUUCUGCCCGUCUCGUCUGUGCUCGUCGACUCGGGACCGACUGUGUCUUGAGGAUGCCUGCCACCCCAGAGUCUCAUCACUCCGGCGAUGGCAGCUCAACCUACAACCAGUCCACUCCGAUCGGCGCUUCGGUUGCCAAUACCCCACCGGACCCGGAUUCUUCUUCCUUUGUCAAGGUCACUCGCGGUCACAGCUGCGUCCUGUGCCAGCAGCGCAAGGUGCGAUGUGACAAGAAGAAGCCAUGUUCCAAUUGCGUCAAGGCCGGCGUCGACUGCCGCGUUGUGCCACCCCAACCACCGAGGCGAAGGAAAAAGCGUAUCCCCGAGCGCGAUCUGGUGGACCGCCUCAGAAAGUACGAGGCACUGCUGUCUCAGAACGGCAUUGAGUUCGAGUCCCUUGGCCCGGACAUAAAGAUCACCGACCCUGGCUCAGUCGAGGAGGGCGACGAGCUCGACCCCGACUUCAACAGACCCAGAGCCAAGGCCUCUCCCGCUGGUGCAGAUUCCGAUGUCAUCUCGUCUGCUGGCGAAAAGCUCCACAGACCACGCACCUUUAGAUGGUUCCCAUUCCAGAAAGAAUUCCGACCCCAAAACGAUCCACCUCCAGAUUCUUCCGAGGAGGAAGACGUCGGAUCAACUAUCAAUCACGCUUACGACCAAAUGUUUGGCAACACAGAUGGCUUCCCCUUCGCGAUCGGCGGCCAGUCUCAAAGCGUCACUGAGCUACACCCGUCAGGUAUCCAAAUAUUUCAACUAUGGCAGAUCUAUUUAGACAAUGUCAAUCCUCUACUCAAACUCACUCACACACCCACCCUACAAGCCCAAAUAAUCGAGGCCUCGACAAACCUGACGAGGGUAUCAAAAAGCCUCGAAGCCUUAAUGUUCGCUAUCUACCUCAUGGCGAUUACUAGUCUUAACGAUGACGAGGUAGAACAGUCUUUCAAUGGGACAAGGUCGAACUUAUUAGCAAAAUACCAACACGGCACUCAACAAGCUCUUAUCAACGCAGGCUUCAUGCGUAUGCCAGAUCUGACAGUAUUACAGGCAUACUUGUUAUAUUGUUACCAGAUCGGUGUCAGACAAUAUACAGAUCCUCGGACUCUGUUUUGUUACACGGGUAUGGGUGUUCGUUUAGCCCAACGUCUUGGUCUACAGCGAGAUGGUGCCGAAUUUGGCUUCUCCCCAUUCGAAGUAGAAGAGAGAAGGAGGCUUUGGUGGAAUUUAGCUGGCUUCGACAGACGCAUAGGGGAGAUGUGUGGAUCGACCAUCACAGCCAUCUCUACUGGCGGCAAUUGCAAAUUGCCACUAAAUAUCAACGACGCCGAUCUUAAUACCCAUGCCAAAGAUUCUCCCCCUCCUCAUACCGGUGCCACGGAAAUGAUAUUUACUUUGACACGGCUCGAAUUUGCGAAAGCGCCAGGCAACGAUAAGAUGAAGGCUCAGCUAUCUGCUGCUAAUCCACAAGCGGUUACAAACUUGGCCGAUCACCGUCUAUCGAGCUACCUCGACCAAUUUGCACACUACAUGGAGGAAACAUACUUGAAGUAUUGCGACCCAAAGAUCCCUGUUCAUUAUAUGACUCUUCUCAUGACACGAGCUAGCAUCUGCAAAUUGAAGGUCGUCUCGGGAUUCUUUCGAGUUGUGAUAACAGCUCCUUUGCCCUUACCCGCUGCCGAGAGCGAAAGCCUCCUCAUCGAGGCUAUCCGCAUGAUCGAAUACGACAGCAUGAUACAGGCUCAUGAAAGACUUAAAGGAUUCCUCUGGUAUACAAGAAUGUACUUUCCUUUCCCUGCAUACGUCUGUCUUUUGGGCGAGCUCCGCCAGCGUACGACAGGUGAUCUCUGUGAGCGUGCUUGGGAGACGAUCUUCGAGCAUGCUGAGAGGAGGAAAAUGACUACCGUGACACAGACGCCAUUGCACCUCGCGUUUAGUUCUCUCUUCGUGAAGGCAUGGGAUGCCAGAGAGGCUGCUGAAGCUGCAAACGGCCGUACGCUGGCUCCGCCGAGACUUAUAACGGUCAUGAGACAGAUUGAUGCUCGUAUGCCUAAAAAGGCCAAGGACAAAACACCCUUGGCAACACCAUCGCCAAAGAUUCCUGUUGCGAGUGCUAGGUUCUCUGCCGCACCAGCACCAGCACCAUCAUCAGCACCAACAACCAAUGUUGUGCCUAGCACGGCAAUGUAUCACCCUAACGACAUGUUCAGCAAUAUGCAGCCAGCUCAUCUCUCCAGGCAAUUUUCUUUAGCUUUUCCUGAUGUCAAUUUCGGGGGCGAAAUGGAUUGGAACUACCUGAUACAAGAGUAUGGUGGGUUCAUGCCUCAACCAAGCAUGCACAGCUUUGGCAUGUCACAGGUAAUGCCGGACCCUACACAGGCCGGGUCUUGGCAGUGAAUGUGUAUUUAAAUGUCAAAUGGGCGGCUACAAAUGUAUAAUGACGAGAUGACGAUACAAUAUGUGCAAUAUCUGAGCUGGCUCGAGCGUAUAUACUUCCCGAAAUAAUUUAUUCGGUAUAUGCAUUAUUAAUAUAACAAUUUUGUCCUUUUCUAGGCACACUUACAUGACCUGCAAAAACUUAAAAAUCUAUCGUUUCGUCAUCCGCCCUGUUCACCCUUGUUUU